AUGUUGCAGUUGAAUCCUGUAAUACACCCGGAUACUAAUAAUAAAAGGUUCAAGUUUGAACCAUUUUUAAGACAAGAAUAUAAUUUCGGGUUAGAUCCUGAUCGUCCAGUUUGCCAGUUCUAUAAUCCACAGAAUCCCACAAACUCAUGCCCCAAUGGUAAUAAUUGUCCAAAUAAACAUGUCUCAUCAAUGUAUUCUAAUAAAAUAGUGUGUAAGCACUGGUUGAGGGGCCUUUGUAAGAAAAAUGACCACUGUGAGUUUUUGCAUGAAUACAAUUUAAGAAAGAUGCCAGAGUGCUUAUUCUAUUCCAAAAACGGUUUCUGUACUCAAACGCCAGAAUGCUUAUAUUUGCAUGUUGACCCUCAACUGAAGAUACCCGAGUGCCAAAAUUACGUGAAAGGGUUUUGUCCAGAGGGACCAAAAUGUGCCAAUAGACAUGUACGCAAAAUGCUAUGUCCCUUAUAUUUAACUGGAUUUUGUCCUCAGGGGUCAGAGUGUGACUUCUCACAUCCGAAAUUCGACGGAAUAUCUGACAGAAUGAGAAUAAAAUCUGAUGAAGAGCUAGAGGCUGCCUCAAAACAAAAUAUUACAGAAACAAUUGAUAAAAUUGAGCCAAGAGCGAUUGGUUAUGAAAAAUCUGCAUAA